CAACAGCACAAUGGCCUUACGUGUUCAGUUCGAAAAUAAUGAUGAUAUUGGCGUCUUCAGUAAAUUAACAAAUUCCUAUUGUCUGGUGGCCAUUGGUGGUUCGGAAACCUUUUACAGUGUCUUCGAAGGUGAAUUGUCGGAGACGAUCCCCGUGGUCCAUGCCAGCAUUGGCGGUUGCCGCAUUAUUGGCCGCCUUGCCGUGGGUAAUCGUAAUGGCUUGUUGGUACCCAACUCCACCACCGAUGUUGAAUUGCAACAUUUGCGCAACAGUCUACCGGAUGCCGUAAAGAUACAACGUGUCGAGGAACGUCUGUCAGCCUUGGGAAAUGUUAUUGCCUGUAAUGAUUAUGUGGCCUUGGUACAUCCUGAUUUGGAUAAAGAAACGGAGGAGAUUAUUGGUGAUGUCUUAAAUGUUGAGGUAUUCCGUCAAACCAUAGCCGAUAAUACAUUGGUGGGAUCGUAUACGGUGCUUAGCAAUCAAGGUGGUAUGGUCCAUCCUAAGACUAGUAUUCAGGAUCAAGAUGAAUUGUCGUCGUUGUUGCAAGUGCCACUUGUCGCCGGCACUGUAAAUCGUGGUAGUGAGGUUUUGGCUGCCGGUAUGGUUGUUAACGAUUGGAUCUCAUUUGUCGGCAUGAACACCACAGCUACAGAGAUUUCCGUUAUUGAAAGUGUCUUCAAAUUGAAUCAAGCCCAACCAUCGACAGUGACAACGAAAUUGCGUGCUGCCCUGAUUGAGGAUAUGUCAUAAAUUU